UAUAUAUAUAUAUGUGUGUGUGUGUGUGUGUGUGUGUGUGUGUGUGUGUUUUCUUGCUUAACAAAGUAACCAAGUUUGAGAUUUGCAGACAUACAUACAUAAAUGGCGGCUGUAAAUUCGAACAGUUUCUAUCAUCGUCCAGAGGCUAACUUCUCCCCCAGCUUGUGGGGUGAUCGCUUCAUCAAUUACAUUUCUGACUCCAAGGUGAUAGACAGCUAUUCCAAGAGAGUUGAAGUACUGAAAAAUGAUGUUCGAAGUCUGCUAACAGCUCCAGAUACCAAAAUGAUAGACACCAUGAAUCUGAUCGACACCCUUGAGCGUCUUGGCGUCUCCUAUCAUUUUCAAAAUGAAAUCGAAGAGAUAUUGCAACGUUAUUUCCAUCUCAAUACCAAUUAUCACGAUGAUGAAGCCUAUGACUUGUACACUGUUUCUCUCCAUUUUCGAUUGUUCAGGCAGCACGGCCAUCCUAUAUCUUCUGAAAUAUUUGGUAAAUGGGUGGAUGUAGAGGGAAAAUUCCAGGAGGGCCUCAAGAGCGAUGCAAAGGGUCUGCUGAGUUUGUAUGAAGCGUCGUAUCUUAGAACACAUGGAGAAACCAUACUAGACGACGCACUUGCUUUUACUACGGCCAAUCUCAAAAUCAUGGCGACAAACCUCGGAUCUCCCCUCAAGGAACAAGUUGGGCAUGCCCUCGUGCAGCCCCUGCAUUUCAACAUUCCAAGAGUUGAAGCACGCAGGUUCAUCUCCAUGUACGAAGAAGAAGAAGAGCAAAAAAAUGAAACCCUGGUGAAAUUCGCCAAGAUAGACUUUAACUUGCUGCAAAAUAUGCACAAAGAAGAGCUCAGUGAAACCUCUAGGUGGUGGAAAGAAUUAGGGCUUAUCUCGAAACUUAGCUACGCAAGAGAUAGAGUGGUGGAGUGUUACUUUUGGGCUAUGGGAGUGUUCCAUGAACCACAGUUUUCUCGUGGGCGUAUCAUGCUGGCCAAAACCAUUGCUAUCACUUCUUUAAUAGAUGACACCUAUGAUGCUUAUGGUACAAUCGAGGAACUAGAGAUUUUCACCGAGGCAAUACAAAGGUGGGAUGAUGUUGAGAUUGCUCGACUACCCGAGUAUAUGAGACCUCUCUACAAAGCUGUUUUAGAAGUCUAUGAGCAAUUCGAGGAAGAAUUGGCUGGGGAAGGAAGAUCAUACACAGUAUACUAUGCCAUUGAAGCACUAAAGGAAUUGGUGAGUGGCUAUCUUGUUGAGGCAAAGUGGUUCAUAAAGGGAUACUUGCCACCAUUUGAGGAAUACCUAAGCAACGGUCUCGUUACCAGCACCUACCAUUAUCUCACCGCCACUUCUUACCUGGGAAUGGGAUCUGCUCGAAAAGAAGACUUCGAAUGGCUAAGUAAGGAGCCUAAAAUGCUUGUGGCUGCACUCAAAAUAUGUCGAUUGGUCGAUGAUGCAGCUAGCUAUGAGGUAGAGAAGGAGAGAGGUCAAGUUGCUACUGGAAUUGAUAGCUACAUGAGAGAGAAUGGUGUGACAAAAGAAGAAGCCAAGGCUAAAUUCUGGGAAAUGUCUUUGGAUGCGUGGAAGGAUAGCAACGAGGAAUAUAUAAAGGCGUCUUGCUAUAUACCAAAGGAUAUCCUUACGAUAAUAUUCAAUUUGGAACGAGUAAUUGAUGUUGUCUACAAGAACAGUGAAGAUGGAUAUACUCAUCCCCAAAAGGUUCUCGAGCCUCAUAUUAUUGCAUUGCUAGUCGAUCCCAUCAAGGUUUAGCUCACUUUUAUUGGGUAUGGAAAGUGAAAUUAGUGUGUAUUGCACUUUGAAAUUGAGAGAAAAUAUAUGAUAUGGAUAUAUCUGGCUUGAUUCUGAAUGAUGAAA